GUAGCUGGGGAUACACGCAGGCGAAGGGGAAAGGCUCUGGGAAUUUGGAGCAGGCUAACGCUGGUUAGAAUUGUCUGUUUGGGAUACUUUCUUACUGUCUGGCUCCAUGCAAUUGUCCUUAUGUCACCUUGGAUGUAACUGCAAUCUCUCGUAGGCUGCAGCUGCGUUAGCAACUUUGUGCAAACCAAAGCAGAUUUUGAAGUGCUGGAAAUACUGAAUACAUGGCAAAGAACACAAGUUUUCUCCAGAUAGUUAUAAUAUUGCUACUUCAUGAUUACAUAUCAGCUGAUGAUGGUGAUAUAAGAUCAAGUUGUCGGACUGCCCCAACAGAUUUGGUUUUCAUCUUGGAUGGUUCUUACAGUGUCGGACCAGAAAACUUCGAAAUUGUUAAAAGAUGGCUUGUUAAUAUUACAAGCAACUUUGACAUAGGGCCCAAGUUUACUCAGGUUGGAGUAGUUCAGUACAGUGAUUACCCUGUCCUUGAGAUUCCACUUGGAACACAUGACACCAAUGAAAACUUAGUCAGAGAAAUGGAAUCCAUACAGUACUUGGGUGGAAAUACAAGAACGGGGAGAGCAAUUCAAUUUGCCAUUGACCACCUAUUCGCUAAAUCCCCCAGAUUCCUUACAAAAAUCGCAGUUGUUCUCACUGAUGGUAAGUCACAAGAUGAAGUCAAACAUGCAGCAGCUGAAGCGAGAAAAAACAAAAUCACCUUGUUUGCCAUUGGAGUUGGUUCAGAAACGGAAGAAGAUGAAUUGCGAGCAAUUGCCAACAAGCCCUCUUUAACGUAUGUGUUCUAUGUUGAAGAUUAUAUGGCAAUAUCCAGAAUAAGAGAAGUAAUAAAGCAAAAACUCUGUGAAGAAUCGGUUUGUCCAACAAGAAUUCCUGUUGCCUCUCGAGAUGAAAAAGGAUUUGAUAUCCUCCUAGGCUUAGGUGUGAAAAGAAAGGUGAAAAAGAGAAUUCAGAUCCCAUCUACUAAUGCAAAAGCAUAUGAAGUCACUACAAGUGUUGACUUAUCAGAAUUAACCAGGGAUGUGUUUCCAGAAGGUCUUCCUCCCUCGUAUGUGUUUGUCUCUACUCAGAGGUUUAAAGUCAGAAAAACUUGGGACUUGUGGAGGAUAUUAAGCCUGGAUGGAAGACCGCAGAUAGCUGUCACUGUGAGCGGGGAAGACAGAACACUGUCUUUUACUACAACAAGCAAAGUAAAUGGUUCUCAAAUUGUUACUUUCACCGCACCCCGUGUAAAGACUUUGUUUGAUGGAGGUUGGCAUCAGAUACGUCUCUUAGUAACAGAAGUGGAUGUAACGCUGUAUAUAGAUGAUCAAGAAACUGAAAUGAAGGCAUUGCAUCCUGUUUUAGGCAUUUAUAUCAGCGGACUAACUCAAAUAGGAAAAUAUUCUGGGAAAGAAGAGACUGUUCAAUUUGACGUUCAAAAACUAAGGAUCUACUGUGAUCCAGAGCAAAACAAUCGAGAAACAGCUUGUGAGAUACCUGGCUUUAAUGGAGAGUGUUUGAAUGGACCUAGUGAUGUUGGAUCUACACCAAUUCCAUGUAUGUGCCCUCCAGGAAAACCAGGACCUUCAGGUCCAAAGGGCAGUCCGGGGCAACCUGGGAAUCAUGGCUUACCUGGAGAACCUGGUCAAGAUGGUAAGCCUGGUUACCAAGGAGUAUCAGGAAUUCCAGGUAUUCCAGGAUCUCCAGGGAUUCAAGGACCACGUGGCCUUCCAGGCAUGAAAGGUGAACCUGGAGCUGAUGGGAAAAAGGGGGAACGUGGACUUCCAGGUUUCCCUGGAUUGCAUGGGAUGCCAGCAUCCAAGGGUGACAGAGGACCCAAAGGAGAUCAAGGCCUACCAGGAAUUUAUGGGAAAAAGGGUGCAAAAGGAGAAAAGGGUGAAGCAGGAUUUCCAGGAAUGACUGGCCGGCCUGGGGAAUCUGGGAGAAGCGGAAAGGAUGGUGUACCUGGGAACCCAGGUUUUAAGGGAGAAGUUGGACAGCCGGGUUCUGCUGGGCCAGAAGGAAGACGGGGAGAUCCUGGAAUUCCUGGAAUCCCUGGAGUUCAAGGUGUAAAAGGAGAAAAGGGUGAAAUUGGACCUCCAGGACAACAAGGAACAAAAGGGUCUCCAGGAUCACCAGGUAUGACUGGACUCGAAGGAUCAUCAGGUUUACCUGGAGCACCUGGGCCUAAGGGCAGUAAGGGAGUGCCAGGACUCUCAGGAAAACCAGGGAUACCAGGUAGCAAGGGAGAACAAGGAAGACCAGGUACUGCAGGUGAACCAGGAUACCCCGGUAUACCUGGCAUCCAGGGUCUGAAGGGAGAGAAAGGAAACCUUGGAGAGAAAGGCAUCCAGGGUCAGAAAGGGGAAGGGGGCAGUCCUGGAAGUCUAGGCCAGAAGGGAACUGCAGGGUUAAAUGGACAUGAAGGACAGAAAGGUGAGAAAGGAGAUCCUGGUAUCAGUGGCUUCAAUGGGCAAAAGGGAGAACCUGGAAUGAAUGGUUUGAUUGGCUUACCAGGCCCAAGAGGAAUGCAUGGUGAGAGGGGCUCUCCUGGGGCUCCUGGAUCAGAUGGGAAACCGGGAAGAGGAUUUUCAGAAGAAUUUAUUCGCCAAGUUUGUGCAGAUGUGCUGAGAACUCAGUUGCCCAGUAUACUCCAGAAUGGAAGGCUGCAGCACUGUGAUCAUUGCCAGUCUCACAGUCCUUCCUCAGGACCUCCUGGCCCACCAGGUCCAGUUGGUCCACAAGGUCCCCGAGGUUUUCCUGGCUUGCAAGGAAAUGAUGGUGUACCAGGUUUUGCAGGGGCUCCUGGACGUCCUGGAAGACCUGGACCAAGAGGUUUACCUGGGAAAAAUGGAGCUAAAGGAAGCCAAGGAACUGGGGUUCCUGGGAUAGAAGGCCCUCCAGGACCUCCAGGUCCUGAAGGCCCUCCUGGGAUAAGCAAAGAAGGCCGUCCUGGAGAACCUGGAGGACCUGGUAAAGAUGGUGAUCGUGGAAGUCCUGGAAGUCCUGGACAAACUGGAUCCCCUGGAAUUUGUGACCCAUCUUUAUGCUUUAGUGUAGUUGUGGGAAGAGAUCCAUUUAGAAAAGGGCCAAACUAUUAAUCUGGAAAAUAUUAGUUGGCGAACUAGGCUUGGUGCUUGCCUUUUAUGCUCACUUGUCUCAGGAAGAUUACUAGCAAUAACCCCAUGUCCCAGGAACAAAAGUACCUCUACUUUGGAAUGUGGUAGAUAUUCAGUCUUAAGACUCUUAAAAUGUGGCUUCUUUGGGUUUACUAACAGAGUCACCCUAAAUAGAGUAGACAGGUGUAACUCUGCUUAGGAUUGCACUGUAAAUCUCCAAGCAUCAAUCCAGUUAAAGUUGGUCAUCACUACAGUUUGAGACAAAUGGAACAAAGCAGUCAUGACUAAGAUGCUUUCAGCUAUGACUAACUUUAGCUAUUUGUAGCUUUAGUAUCCUGUGAGAGUGAAUUUUGUUCUGUAAUGUUUGCCCAGUAACAUUGUUUCUUCCUUUUGAAUGUCCACUGGCAAGAAUUUAUUGGCUUCACCAGAAGCUGGAUUUGGACCCUCCAGUGCUUGGUGAUCAGGAGUAAAAUCACUGUGAAGUGUUUCUUAUUCAGCAUACAUGUACAGCAUCUUAAUGGUAAUGGAACCAUGGCUGGCUCUGGCUGUUGUUUCAUUGGUGUGUGAAACUCAUCCAUUGUGUAUGUUUCAUAUUUCAUAUGUUAGGUUUCUGUUAAAAAAUGUAUGACCCCAACAGUUUUAAAAGCCUACUUCACCAUCUUUCCAUCCUCAUGCAAUUACUGUUACUUUUUUAUACUAUUUAUUCAACGAUCCAAUUAUCAGUUCCCAUCUAUGAUCUAAGAAACCUUUAUAGGAACCUUAAUGCAGACAAUUACUGAAAAUUUGGUUUUAACUAUACUAUUGCUAAGAAUUAUUUUUUUAAAAAAUCAUUUGUUUGUACAGCAGAACUUAACCAUUUGAAAUAUGUUCCUCCAAACUAUAGAAUUGGGUGCUAAACUGCAUAGAACUGCAGUGGUCAAAAAUGGUUUACAGGAUAUGCUUCCGCUUACUAUGUUACUAUAGAGUUUGUUAUGCUGCAUCUUUGUUCAUUUUAAGCAAAACAGUUUCUCUGUUUAUUUUAUCAAAUGAGAAUCAAAAGGUGCUGCUGGCAUUCUAAUCAAUUAAGUUGUACAAUUUCCAUUAAAAAUUGAAGACAUUUUAAGUAUUAUUGCUAGGAGUCUCUUACUGCACUUAACCAAAGCUUUAUAAGUGGCCUUUUGGUGAUGGAUUUCCUGUUGUCAUUCAAGGUUAAAUAAAUGUUCAAGGUUAAAUAAAUGUUUUAUAAACUUUGUGGUAAA